GGACAAAUUCCUCAAUCUGGCAAGAGUGGUCGAUAUUCGAUAUUACGGUACCACAUGGUAACGGAGGUAAAAUGGCGUUGACUGUUCCUUGUGUUGCUGUGAGAGGUUCAAUCGGGAUCAGUUUAGGACAAGGUCCACCAUCGUAUGAACCAGUUAAAACAUUUCCUAAAGAUGAUAGUAAAACUUGCAAGGCCAUGGUUUUUAGUCCAGAGGGACGUUAUUUUGCAUGGGUUAAUGGAAUGGUUGUCAAGAUUUUGCACUGUAGUACAUGGAAAAUAGUUGCAGAGAUCAAGAGACCUAAAAUCUCGGCAAUUCAGUUCUCAAUUCAAGGCACAUAUUUUAUGACGUGGGAACCAUUCAUUGCAACAGUGUCGAAUCCUCAAGGUGUACCAAAUCUUCACAUAUGGAAAUCAGAAACUGGAGAGCUAGUGAAGAGUUUUGUACAGAAAAAGCAAUCGGAUUGGGAACCUCAAUGGUCAAGUGAUGAGAAAGUCUGUGGGCUGUUAGUUGGUGCAGAUGUCAUUCUAUAUAAGGAUGUCAACUUCGAAAAAAUUGAGCACAGAAUAAAUGUAGCCAAAGUUGCGAAAUUUAGUAUAUCGCCCAGUAAUUCUCCAUAUUAUAUUCUCUGUUAUAUGCCUGGAAAAUCGGGUCAACCGUCAUUUGGUAGAUUAUUCCAGUAUCCAAAAUUUGAUUCUACACAGGCUAUAGCGAAUAAGAGUUUCUUCCAGGCGGAUAGAGUAAACAUUUAUUGGAAUAAUCAAGGAACAAAUGUUUUACUAAUGACGAGUACAGAGGUUGACAAAACUGGAGCGUCAUAUUACGGAAAACAGACUUUACACUACCUUAGUACAAAAGGGGAAACUGCUAUGGUUAUGCUUAGUAAAGAAGGUCCUAUACAUGCUGUACAGUGGUCCCCAAAAAAUACUGAAUUUUGUGUAGUAUAUGGUUUUAUGCCAGCCAAAGCUACAUUAUUUAAUCUCAAAUGUGAAGCAAUAUUUGAAUUUGGUAUACUGCAUCGGAACAGCAUUUAUUAUAAUCCUCAGGGAAAUAUUCUAAUAUUAACUGGGUUUGGAAACCUUCGAGGCGGUAUCGAAUUAUGGGAUGUUGGCAACAGAAAAUUAAUUGCUAAAACUGAAGCUCCUGAUACAACGCUUCUUCAGUGGUCUCCAGAUGGAGAACAUUUUAUGACUGCGACUACCGCACCCAGGUUGCGAAUGGGCAAUGGAUUUAAGAUUUGGCAUUACACUGGAACAUUAUUGUAUGAGCGACCAUGGAACGAACAAGAAGAGCUUUGGGAAGUAUUAUGGCAAACUUUUCCACCACAAACGUUCCCCGAAAAACCAAUUAGUUAUAAAGCUGUUGAAGGGAUUGCUCCUAGUCAACCACAAGCAUCAAAACAAGCAUAUCGACCACCAUCUGCAAGAGGAGAACCCGUAACUUUCAAAUUGCAUGAUGACGAAGUACUUGGAUUGAAAAAUGCUUCGAAACCUACUCAGUCUAAAGCAAAGAAGAAAACGAAGAAAGUCAAAAAAGAAUCAGAAGCUUCUGCUUCUUCUCAACCACACCAUAGUAAUGCAAGUACGAAUGGUCAAGUUACUGCAAGUACAAAAACUCAGAAUUUAACUACGAAUGUUUCUGAAUGCGAUGAACUGGAAAGAAGUAAAAAAAUUAAAAAAAUCAAAAAUAAAUUAGAACAGAUUUCGAAAUUGAAGGAACAGUUAGAAGCAGGAAAGCAAUUAGAAAUCAAUCAACUAGACAAGAUCAAAAAGGAAGCUGAUUUGAUAAAGGAACUUGAAGAACUUGCUUUAUGAUGACCAUUUCAAAUUUCAAAUGUAUACAAUUAAACAAAGUCAAAAUAUUUCUCUUAAAAAACAAAAGAUGAUCUCGGUCCUUCACUUCUACUACCACACGUACAGACGUUACGUUUGGCUGUAAAUAAAAUUUUCACUGUACGAAAGCUAGUGGGAACAAACUAAAUUUUAAAAGUGGAUUAGAAGUUUCCAUGUCAUUGAAGUUGUUAGUAUCUAAAAUACAAUCAUUAAAUUCCAUUUGUAAGCGAUGAUAAAAAAAAUACAAUGGUCCAUCGCUACAUUUUUUCUUUAAUAUUUAGAGAAACAGAUUUCUUUUUUCUCAAUAAAUUUUUUGUUUUAAAUAUUUCUAAGUAAUAUUAAGUGAUCAUGAUUAUGCAUCAUAGGCUCAAUGAUAACUAAGAUUCCCUAUCAUACGGUCUGAAGAAUGUUAAACAUAUAAUGAAAGAAAAAAUUUUAAUUACACAAGGUGAACACAAAUGCAAAAAAAUGUAGCAUGAUCGUAAAUUUUCAUGCGCAUAAAAUUUGUUCCUGGAGACAGGUGCUAUCUUUUAACUCUUUACGUAUAUAAAUUAUUACGUAUUGACUUAAUUUUUUUUAUCUCAAUUUUUUCACGAAAGUUUAGAAAAGAUUAAGAAUAAACAUAUCAUUUUGCAAUUCUCUUGUUACCAAAGUAAUAGGCGUUGUAUUGGUAUAUUUUAAAACUUUUGUACUUAUAUAUCAUAUUUUUGUUCGUGUGCCUUGUUUAAGAUUGAGAUUUUAUAUUUUUUGUGCUAUUGAAGAUUAUAAGACUGGUCAGAUCAAAUACAGUUCCCGGCACAGCUUAAUAAAUGAAUAAACAAAACAAAAAAAAACUGCCAAAAACUUACUGUGUUACAGAACUAGAAAACA